AUGUCGUCAAGUGUGAAAGCGCGAGGAAGUUGGGCUUCCAAAACGGAGUUCAUACUGUCCUGUAUGGGUUAUGCAAUCGGGCUCGGUAAUGUCUGGCGGUUUCCGUAUCUUUGCUAUCGUAAUGGUGGUGGUGCCUUCCUCGUGCCCUAUCUGUUGAUGUUGUUUCUCUGCGGCAUUCCGUUGUUCUUUUUGGAAGUUUGUUUGGGACAGUUCACCGGUACCGGGUGUGUGACGGUGUUUAAACUGGUUCCACUGCUGAAGGGUGCGGGAAUAACGAUCGUUAUAAUUAAUUUUAUCUGUUCUUCCUAUUAUAAUGUGAUCAUUGCCUAUCCGAUUUUGUUUCUUUGGAAAUCUGCUGGAGCUCAAUUACCGUGGGAAAAUUGCCGGAACGCUUGGAAUACACCGAGAUGUCUGGAACUGAACGGGACUGGUGGUGCAGUGCAGCUGCUGAUGAACAAUAGUUUGCUCGAACCGUCACAGAGGAUGCGCACUCCAGCGGAUGAGUUUUUCCACAAUGAAAUCCUGCACAUCUCGGACGGUAUCGGCACGCCGGGCGGCAUCGUAUGGCACCUGCUGGUUUGUGACGUGAUCGCUUGGGUGGUGAUCUAUUGCUGCAUCAUUAACGGAGUGCAGUCGGUCGGGAAGGUCGUCUACUUCACCGCCACCUUUCCGUUUGUGAUUUUGGCCGUCCUUUUCGUUCGCGGGAUCACCCUGCCCGGGGCGAUGGACGGAAUUCGGUUCUACAUCAUGCCCAACUGGAGUGAGCUGACCAACCUGAAGGUAUGGGCCGAUGCGGCGGUGCAGAUUUUCUUCUCGCUCGGACCCGGCUGGGGUGGAAUCGUUAAUAUGGCGAGCUAUAAUAAGUUCAGAAACAAUACCAAAUUCGACGCCGUACUUAUUCCGAUCGUUAAUUGCUCGACCAGCAUCUUUGCUGGAUUCGUUGUCUUCUCGGUGCUAGGGUAUAUGUCACAUCAAACGGGUUUGCCGGUAUCAACGGUCGCCACUGGAGGACCAGGUCUGGCGUUUGUGACCUACCCGGAGGCUAUCGGAAUGCUGCCUUUUCCGCAGUUUUGGGCUUGCUUGUUUUUCGUUAUGCUAUUUCUGUUGGGCGUCGAUAGCCAGUUCGUUCAAAUAGAGGCCAUCAUUUCAUCGGUAAUGGAUGUUUAUCCACGGUGCAGAAAACGAAAGCGCUGGAUCACGCUUGGCACCUGCUUCAUAAUGUUUCUGCUGUCGAUCUCUUGUGCGACGCAAGGGGGAAUGUACCUGCUGCAGUUAUUCGAUUGGUACUCGUCCUCAAUUUCGGUAAUUUUGGUUUGUAUCGUAGAAAUAGUGGCCAUAGGGUGGAUUUACGGUGUCCACAACUAUGUGCGUGAUAUCGAAUACAUGAUCGAGAGACCCGUGGAGAAGUACUGGAUAGUAUCCUGGAAGUUUAUAAAUCCUGUUAUUUUAACGUUCAUCUUCCUAACGACCAUUAUCUACAACACGGAAAUAACCUACAACGGAGUUUCCUAUCCUCGGUGGGCCAUCGCAUUAGGAUGGGGCAGUUGUUUGGCAUCGAUGCUGUGGAUACCAAGUGUUGCCGUUUAUAAACUGAUCCGAUCGAAAGGGUCUUUUCUGGAAAGAGUGAAGCACAACUUAAAAGCUAAAGAUUGGGGACCGGCGGAUGAGUUGGAAAGAACUCUGUGGAAGAGUCACAUCGAAAUGAACUGCAGACCGUAG